UUCCGGCGGCGGGAGCGGCGGGGCGCGAGGCGUGCCCACUGCGCGUGCGCGUCUGCCGGGCUUCUCCUGCGCCCCCCGGCCCCUGCGACUGGGACUUGGUACAGCCGGGCGGUUGGCGUCCUCCGCGGCUCCAGCCAGGGGCGGGCUUUUCAAAUCUUCCUUUGAAAGAGUGGCGACGGCCCGGACAGUUCGCGCUGGAGAUGGAGGGGCCGAGUCUGAGGGGUCCUGCGCUCGGUCUGGCGGGGCUUCCCACCCAGCAGGACUGCAGCAUUCAAGAAAAAAUAGACUUAGAAAUUCGAAUGCGAGAAGGAAUAUGGAAACUCCUUUCUCUGAGCACUCAGAAAGAUCAGGUUUUACAUGCAGUUAAGAAUCUCAUGGUGUGCAAUGCUCGAAUAAUGGCCUAUACAUCAGAGCUACAGAAAUUGGAAGAACAGAUUGCAAAUCAGACUGGAAGAUGGUUAGACUGCAGCAUUCAAGAAAAAAUAGACUUAGAAAUUCGAAUGCGAGAAGGAAUAUGGAAACUCCUUUCUCUGAGCACUCAGAAAGAUCAGGUUUUACAUGCAGUUAAGAAUCUCAUGGUGUGCAAUGCUCGAAUAAUGGCCUAUACAUCAGAGCUACAGAAAUUGGAAGAACAGAUUGCAAAUCAGACUGGAAGAUG